AACAGGCACCAGCGGACAUUUCAGUUUUCGGUCUCGGAGACCGCGGGCCAAGCGGAACUGCGGCGAAUCGAAGAGAAGCGGCUGCAAGAGAAACGGGAUUUCGAACAGCUCCAAGACGAACAGACGCGCAAGCGGCAGAGUUUUUUCAAUUUUCUCACCAGCCAAGCACCGCAGUUCGAGUUUGCAAAGUAUCUCGGGGUCGGGGGGUCGGGCGACGGGACAAAUCAUGCCUGGGCGAGUGUAGAGCAGGCGCGGAAUGGCGCGGAUAUGCUGGAAACGAGACGGGCCCGCGAAGAAGCCUAUUUCUGGUGCACGGAGCAUUUGAAGUUGGUGCAGUCAGACUUUACACUAUGGGGUCGUCAACGUUGUAUUUGCCUCAGACCGUAAAAAAAAUUCUGCGCGCAUUUUUUCGCGGCGCGAAGCUAGUAAACCUGUGCACGCUAGUGAGGGGCUGACUUGAAGGCGGUUUGUUUUACCUAGCUUGUCAGAAACAGUGCUCCAGUAGGUAAGUGAGUAUUGACGCGAAGGGGGGCGGGGUGCUGGGGGUUCUUCUGUGGCUGAUGUUUCCACCUAGAAAACGCCGGGCGCGCGCAAUAUUUUGCUCCGUUUUCCGGAUUGCUCUCUCCGUGCAGCUAUUUGCCGCUAUGGCCUGGGUCAGCGUGUGAGGCUGGAAACGCCCCGCGAGAUGCCUACACAGGCCCUGGCCUCGUCGCCUCUAGCAGGCACCACACACACAUGUUGGCCGCGAAGGCCUUUCCGGAGCCCUUCCAAAAAGGGGGGGCCGGAGGGGUACCCGGAACCCUAAAAAAAAGCCUAUUGCCUUUUCUUCGAAUCACGAUGCUGCUACCCCUCCCCAAAAGGGGUCCCGGAACCCCUCGGGGAACCCUUCCCGAAAGGGUCUCGGGCUUUUCGCAUUUUGCCGAAAAAGCCGCAAAGGCAAAAUGCGCGCGCGCCUGCCGGUACACGCGUGCGCAGCUGCGCGACAUUAGAAACAAGAGGAGGCGCAGCCGCGGCCGGUUCCGUUUGCGCCCUCGACUCCGACCGACUUGCACAGAUUGAGGCCCAUUGUCUAGCGGCUGGACUGCAAGAGGACCUGCUGCAGCACCUCCAGGCUGCAGGGGCGCUCCGAGGCAAGUCCGUGGAGCAGCAGCGCCGGAUAGCUCCGUCUUUAGCCACUGAGAAGCGCUGCGAAUAGGCUAGCUAUUUCAUUAGGUGCGCAACAUAGUGGGGGGCUAUACGUGUGCAACGUGAUGGAUAUCAAAUACAAAAAAAGGCGCGCGGAAAUUUUUUUACAGCUUGAGGCAAAUACAAGUUUGACGACGCCAUAUACACCGGGUGGGCUGUACUACAACAAUGCAUACAAGAAUAGAGGAGUGGAUGAAGCAGCAGCGCCAGGGGUAAUGCGAGGGGGUCUGCGUGGUCUUCGAAGAAGGGCACAACAAGAUGUUGAAACAAAGGCACUUCUUCUAUCAAAAGGAAAAAUCCCCCCUCCCCAUAUCGAAAAGGAAACUUGUAAUGCUGGAUAUGCGUACUCGUACACAAAUCAGAUCUGUCUUGCAGUAGAGAACUGCAAGCAUAUGCCAACCCUGGGCAGCGAGGUUCUGACAUAGGCACCCAGCAUUACAUAUGUCCACGCUGUAGGCCGAGCAGCAUCACAAACCGCCUGCACAACGCGGCGCAGCCUGUGGAGUUGGCUACAUGCAAAACAGAGACGAUUUGUGGUCACAAAUCAGCAUUGCAAAUUUUCCGUGGCUUCUUUUUUGAUAUGGGGAGGGGGGAUUUUUCCUCGCAAUAUCUUCGCGACCUAGCGGAAACGACGAUAGAGACGGUAUUAGAAACCCCGUUGUGCCGGCAGUAUUUGCUCUUAAACGUCCCAUAUCAACUGUAAAAAUGUCUGGGUCUGGAAGAUUCUGACACUUGUCAUGCAUAAUUUGUAUGACCCAUGAUGCCUGCAUAUGCAUGCCCUAGCAUGACAGUUUUUUUGAGAGCUUCUUGAUGCCUAUUCCGCAUGACAAAUGCCCUCUCCGCGUAGCAAAAAUUACACGUCUUUUGGUACUCAUGCAAUACAGAUUUUUCUGGAAUCCAAAUGCAGCAUCACAAGUUGCAUUCUUUCAGACCCAGACAUUUUUACGAUUUGAUAUCCCAGAUAGCCGCAUGGAGCACACGUUCUUUCAGACCCUGCUCGGCAUGGGUGUCUGCUCCAUCGGGGAAAACUACCAGAAUUUUCGCCGGAGACAGGACUUUUACCACGACAAAUUUCCUAAAAGCAGGCUCGGCGGAGGACUUCUAAACGCGGGCAUCAUGGAGUUGCACAUUCGGG